GCGGCGGGAGGUUGGAAUGGCUAAAGGCUGUUGAUCGGGGCCGUCCAUGUGGCAGUCACUGGCUCCUUCAUCAUUGAUUGGCGACCCAGGGUGUGAGGGGGAGGAAAAGGAGGGGGGNGGGCGGUGAGAAAGGAGAAUGCGACAGGCGGAGAACUACUUCGGUUUUCUAUCAGCUGGUGAGCUGGGGAGGGAGAGGGGCAGGAAUAUGACGUUAGGUUUGGCGGGGGGGUGAACGAUGGGCGGCGGGAGGGUGGAGUGGCUUGUGCUGCAGCUUGUCCGGCGUUUUCUGCUGGAUCGCAGUGCUCUCGAGAUCGGCGGUCCUUUGGGUGGAGGAGGAGGAGGGGGGGGAGGUGGUGGCGGUGGAGGCUGCGACAGCAAUGGGACCCCGACAGGCACGCCACGUGUCAAUGCAGCCUUCGAGUAUGCGAUCCGCAUCAUCGGAAGCCGGAUCACUCCGUCUUUGGCGACGGAUGAGAACGGUGUGGUGGAGGCAAUCAAGCGGCGACUGGUCAUGGAGCGGAGGACCGCGGACGCCAUGGCGUUCGCCGAUCUGCAUCGCAAGCUGGCGUCGGCGACCGGUAGCGGGCGGCUGGAGAAUCGCUGGGCGCUUCUGCAUAUGCUGAACUCUAUAUCGGAGGACCAACGACGGGGCUACACGUCAGACACACGUGGGUCGGCGAUCCCCUUCUGCUCUACGCUGUCGCUGGCUGCGGCGAGAGGCGGGCUGCCUCUCUUGACCGUGCGAUCGGCCAGCUCGCUGAGCACGCCGACCGACAGAUCAACCCCAACGCCGUUGUCUUCAUGCGUAGCAGGUGGGGGGAAAAUUGCGCCAAGAAGCCUCGAUGACUACCAACGAGGAGGAGUAGGAGGAGGAGGGGGUAGGGGAGGAGGAGGAGGAGGAGGAGGAUUAUCGGCAGAGGAGGAACCGUUUGCCCUGGCGGGGGCGCCACGCGGAGGAGGAAGGAUCGGGGCGACGAUCCGCCGACCGAGGCCGAAACUGGAACUUCCAUGGGACGAGAGCGACGUGAUUCCCCCACAGCGAGGAGAACCCUCUCCUCCUCCUCCUCCUCCUCACACUUAUUCCCCCUUUCCACAAUCUCCGUUGCCCCCGCAUGCCCAUCUACAGCACCAGCAACAACAACAACAGCUGCUGUACCAGCACCCACGUAUUGCGGCAUUUCAAAAGUACGUUGAGCUUAGGCGAUCUGGCUAUGGCGUUCCUGAGGCGGCGCUUGUACGGGACGUGCUGUACACGUGUCAGGGGAUCGACGGCCGCUGGAUCAAGUGGAGCGAGGAGGCGGAUGGGUACGUUUUGGUGGUGGGUAGUGAAGCACCCGUCCCGCCGGCAGUUGUGACACGUCUGCGCAAGCUUUGCGAAUUGGGAUGGCUUUAUCGGCGCGUUCGCGCUCACGUGACCGACAACCUAGAGAGAGGACGGGGCCAGAUCGAGGCCAUUGGGACAGUGGGACAAGCCUUCUGUGCAGCUCUACAGGAGGAACUCGCCGAGUACUACCGCCUUCUUGCUGUGUUGGAAGCUCAAGCGCAUAACGCCAUCCCGCUGGACGGUCAGUUUGACGAACGCGCCCCGGAGAUCGCCAGGAGUGGGGGCGGUAGUCGUGGGUAUUACUCCAGUAGCGGUAGCAAACAUGCUGCUAGCAGUAAUCAUGCUGAUGAUGAGAAUAGUCGUGCUAACGAUGAGGGUGAUGAUCGUAGGGAAAAUGACGAUGAUAACGAUGAUUUGAACGGCAAUAACGGCAAUAAUGCGAAUGUCAAGAACAUSGGSGGSGGGGGYGGSGGGGGSGGSGGGGGSGGSGGGGGCGGCGGAGGCGGGGGCGGCGGAGGCGGUGGGAAGGAUGCACAGACAGCGGCGGCGGGCAGCGGCCGCGGCAGCGGCAGCGGGAAGGAAGUUGCGGUCGGGACGAGUUUGGCCGACGGCGCGGGGAGCGGCGGCGGCGGCGGCGCCUAUCUCUCCCUUCGCCGGCUUGCUGUUUGGUUGGCGGAGCCUCUGCGGCGGAUGCGCUUGAUGGCCGUCCUAGUUGACACGUGUAAGGACAUGAAAGGCGGGGCGUUGGCAGCGGCCAUACACAUUCACGCGCAGCACGGGGAUCCCUUUGUCCGCGCCUUCAUGGCGCAGUUGCUACGGAGAGUGUGCUCUCCGCUCUUCGACAUGGUGAAGCGAUGGGUGCUGGAGGGGGAGCUGGACGACUCGCACGGCGAGUUUUUCGUCGUCGCCGACCGGUCGGUCAGCGACGAGGGGCUGUGGCGGGAGUGCUACCGGUUGCACGGCAAGAUGCUCCCUCCGUUCAUCCCAGCAUCCCUCGCGAGGCGGAUCUUUCGGACGGGCAAGUCAAUCAACUUCUUGAGGAGGUGUUGCAGAGAUCAAGGGUGGGAGGACGCGACGGCGGAGGCAGUCGCGGCCGUGGGGAAAUCGGUCGUCGGGAUCGGCUACGGAGACACCGCAGCCCUGGAAAAGCUCGUCGAGGAGGCCGCCGCGAGGAUCGACCUUCGACUAAUUAAGAUCAUGUUUGACAAGUUCAGGUUCAGGGAUCACUGCCUUGCCAUCAAACGGUAUCUUCUGCUAGGGCAGGGAGACUUCAUCCAGUACUUGAUGGAUUUGGUUGGGUCGGAGCUCUCUCUGCCAGCUGGCAAGAUCAGCGCGUUCAAGCUGACCGGCUUGCUCGAGAGCGCCAUUAGGGCAUCGAAUGCCCAGUACGACGACGGCGAAGUGUUGGACAAACUCCGGGUCAAGAUGAUGGCGCACGUCGAUGGCGACAAGGGCUGGGAUGUCUUCUCCUUGGAGUACCUGACCACGAUGCCGCUCAGCACGAUAUUCACGGAGAACGUCAUGAAGCUUUAUCUGCGCAUAUUCAAUUUCUUGUGGCGUCUGAAGCGGGUGGAACAUGCGCUCAGUGCCACUUGGCAGACCAUGAAGCCUAAUGCGGCAGUCGCCAGAGGCGAUCGGCAUCCAUCUUCUUCUUGCGUGGGUGCCUCCGGCGGCGGCGGUGGGGGCGGGGGCGGGGGCGGGGGGCCGCUCAGCAAAGCGCGCCAAGCCCUUGGCGGGGUCUUGCGCAGAUGCCAAACCCUGAGGAGCGAGAUGAACCACUUCGUCACCAACCUGCAGUAUUACGUAAUGUUUGAGGUGUUGGAAUGCUCUUGGGCGGACUUUCUGUCGGAAAUCGAAGUUGCCAACGAUCUUGACAAAUUGAUUAAAGCCCACGAGAAAUUUCUGCUGUCCAUUGUGGAAAAAGCUCUUCUUGGGGAGCAGUCCCAGCAACUCUGCAGAACGCUCUUCUCUAUGUUCGACCUGAUGCUGAGAUUCCGGGGCUUCGCAGAUCGGCUGUACGAGCGGGCAAGAGAUUUGCAGAGCAGGGAUGAGAGGGCAUCGAGAGAGACACAGAGAAGGUCGACCACGAGUUCGCUCUAUGGGUUAGCGGCGGAGGAGGCGAAAUCAACGGCUGCGGCUGCCGAGAUGGAGAGCUCUGAGUCCUUCUUGACAGCGAUGGGGGAUCAUAUGGACAAGAUCGCGAUGGAGUACACUGCGCUCUUCGACGAGUUCAUUGCCAAACUCCCGCUGCAGCACCACACGGGGCUGAAGUUUCUCUCCUUCCGUCUGGACUUCUCGGAGUUUUACUCUCGGCGAGCGAUCCUUCCUCAAGGAGAGAUGGCUCAGCUGAAGCUCAGUCGAUGACAACCAAUCAGGCCCGCCCAUGUGUGUGUCCGUGAUACGCUAGUGUGCACCGACCAGCCAGCUUUUGUCAGAUAACAGAGAACCUGUGUUGUUCCAAUCCUCAUGGAGUCGAGACGAGUCGAUGACACACAACCAAUCAAUCAAGCCCAUGCGUGUGCUCGAUACACUCGUUGCUCGUGUGAGUGACUGCUGUGUUAUUAGUGAACAGCACCUGCGUUCGAAUCCUGAUGGAGUCGAGAGGCGAGAGAGUCGAUGACGACCAAUCAAGCCCAGCCCACGUGUGUGCCACGUGUGUGCCACGUGUGUGCGUAAUACACUCGCGACUGAGGAAUAGCUGUUGUUAACGAACAGAACCUGUGCUCGUUCGAAUUCUCAUGGGGGCAAUCCUGAUGGAGUCGAGAGGAGAGAGAGUCGAUGACGANAGGAAUAGCUGUUGUUAACGAACAGAACCUGUGCUCGUUCGAAUUCUCAUGGGGGCAAUCCUGAUGGAGUCGAGAGGAGAGAGAGUCGAUGACGACCAACCAAGCCCAGCCCACGUGUGUGCCACGUGUGUGCGUGAUACACGUGAAUGCUGACUAGCUGUUGUUAACGAACAGAACCUGAGCUCGUUCGGAUUCUCAUGGGGGCAACAGUCGUCGAUGAUACCCAGCCUUCUUUCCCCUUGACACAGCCGGCAGUGAGUCGGCAGGAGACAGUGUCACGGCCUUGGUAGGCAAGCGCACAAAAGUUUUAGCAAACAGCAGAACAUGGGCUCCAAUCCUGAUAGAUUCGGAAUUGAUGACCAGCCUUCUUUCCCCGUGACACAGGCAGUAGUGAGUUAGCAGGCAGGAGACACUGUCACGGCAAUGAGUUAUCAGGCUGAGGGCUGAGCAGGCAGAUAGUGUCACAGCCUUGGUAGUAGGCAAGCACACAAGGAUGUUAGCAAACAGCAAGCAGAUUCACGAGUUCAAAUGCCUGAUAGAGUCAGAAUUGAAGUGAUGACCACCACCACCACCACCACCACCACCCAUCUUUCGCGCAGGCGGUGAGUCAUCAGCUGGUCGANCUUUCGCGCAGGCGGUGAGUCAUCAGCUGGUCGAAUCCUGAUAGAUUCACAAAUGAUGACCGGCCUUCUGUCCCCGUGACACAGGCAGUAGUGAGCUAACAGACAGGAGACACUGUCACGGCAAUGAGUUAUCAGGCUGAGCGGGCAGAUAGUGUCACAGCCUUGGUAGUAGGCAAGCACACAGGGAUGUUAGCAAACAGCGAAUGCCUGAUAGAGUCAGAAUUGAAGCGAUGACCACCACCACCACCACCCAUCUUUCGCGCAGGCGGUGAGUCUCAUCUGCAGUCACGGUCACAACCGUAGUAGCUGAGGUCACAGAAGACAGGAGUAAGUAAGCUGAGAAUUGCACUGAUUCUGCUCUUAUGAAAAGUUAUUGAUGAAACCAACCCAGAAUCAAUAAAGCCGGCCGGC